AUGUAUCUGCCCCGACCCACUUGCUGGCGACCCGUAGGGUCGCUAGUUUUGAUAUAUGAGAAAAUUUCUCGGACUGCUAGUGGUGCCAGCUGGGACGGACAUUGUUUGUUCUUUAGUUCUUACAAACGCCUAAAUAAUGCUCUGCGAUCAAUAAGAGGAUUGGUUUUAUCAACUUCAUUCCAGUGCAGAACAAUGUUUUACACCCGUUAUCGUGUAGCUACCAAGGUAGUUUGUAACAGUUUGUUUCAAUGCCAAAGAUCUGGAUCUUGGUUCAUUAUUUUUUGCAAGCUUACAGUGUCAGUCGGGCGAUUGUUCUCUGAUGGUAAUCACAAGAUUCUGACUUUGGGGGUCUUUCUCCUAUACUUGUAUGAAGGGUUUGGAGGAGCAGAUUCUGAGUCCAAAAUUGCCCAGUGGAGGGCUAGAUUUGAACAGUAUCGACAAGAUCCUGCGCUUGCUAAAGCCGAAAAUGAGGAGAGUUCAGAAAGUUCGGAAAGCAAAUUGAAAGCACCCGCGAUGCUCGCGUUCAUGGCUGCUUUUGGAAGAAAGGAUGAAGAGGAGGAAGAGGCGAAAGAAAGCGCUGAGGAACGAAUACAAAAGUUGCAAGAAGAGAUGCUGAGGACACAGAGUCAAUAUCAACGAGAGUUAGAGCGGCUGGAAAAGGAAAACAAGGUCCUGAAGCAAAGGUUGCUGCUAGCCGACCAAGGUGCGGUCAAGCGGAUGCGAAGGUUGAAGCGCUCCCUAAUUGAUAUGUAUUCUGAAGUGCUAGAUCUGCUCAGUGAGUAUGAUUCUUCCUAUAACACCGCCGAUAAUUUGCCCCGAGUUGUGGUCGUGGGUGAUCAGAGCGCAGGCAAAACAUCGGUAUUGGAAAUGGUGGCACAAGCUCGUAUCUUUCCACGUGGUUCAGGGGAGAUGAUGACUCGAGCACCGGUCAAGGUGACCCUUUCCGAAGGUCCAUACCAUGUGGCCCAGUUCAAAGACUCAACUCGUGAGUUCGAUCUAUCAAAAGAUGAGGAUCUACGACAGUUGCGCUCUGAAAUUGAGGUCCGCAUGAGGAACUCGGUGAAGGAUGGGCAUAGUGUAUCCAAUGAGGUGAUAGCACUUACUGUGAAAGGUCCCAAUUUGGCUCGCAUGGUUCUUGUUGAUCUUCCUGGCGUUAUCUCUACGGUCACAGUUGAUAUGGCUAGAGAAACCAAGGAUGAUAUCAUAAAAAUGAGUAGAACGCACAUGGAAAAUCCGAAUGCCAUUAUCUUAUGCAUACAGGAUGGAUCUGUUGACGCGGAACGCAGUAAUGUCACGGAUCUGGUCAGCAGCAUUGAUCCUACUGGAAGGAGAACUAUAUUAGUCCUCACUAAGGUGGAUUUAGCGGAGAAGAACCUGGCUAAUCCGGACAGGAUAAAAAAGAUAUUGGAAGGUAAACUUUUCCCAAUGAAAGCACUGGGCUACUAUGGGGUGGUGACUGGACGUGGCAAUAGCGCUGAGUCAAUAGACGAAAUCCGCAGAUAUGAAGAAGAAUUCUUCUCGAACAGUCGGCUUCUGAAGGACGGUGUGCUGAAACCCUCCCAAAUGACCACUAGAAAUAUGUCCUUAGCCGUAUCGGAUUGUUUUUGGAGAAUGGUUCGAGAUUCGAUUGAAAGUCAAGCUGACGCUUUCCGUGCAACUAGAUUCAACCUUGAAACAGAAUGGAAGAACACUUAUCCACGGAUACGGCAGCUAGACAGGGAUGAGCUCUUCGACAAAGCGAGAGGGGAAAUUCUCGAUGAGAUUGUUAACCUCUCAUUAGUUACCGCCGAGGAGUGGGAGAGGAAGUUGGAAAAGAAGCUGUGGGAUACCGUUUCAAGUCACGUGUUCGAUCAGAUUCUAAUGCCCGCUUGGGUGGUCGAAAAUGCCGGCUCAUUCAACACGCUGGUAGAUAUCCGUCUUAAACACUGGGCAGACAAGGAGUUGCCGCAGAGGAGUGUGAAUUCUGGAUGGGAAACGCUACGGGAUGUCUUUACUCAGCAAGUAAAUCAAGACGUGAGCCGAAGCGACCAUGAUCCAAUCUUCGACCCGCUCAAGGAAGCUGUCGUGCAGGAAGCGAUGUCAAGUCAUGAAUGGGACUCUAAAGCAUUGGAUUAUCUGCGCGUGAUCCAACUAAAUGCAAUGGAAGAUCGUGCGGUUCCGGAUCGAAGGACCUGGGAUUCUGCUUGUCAGUUCAUGGGACAGACUGCUUCAGCCAGACUCGCAACGGUAAACCAACAACUGAGUGAAGCGCGUGGACCAGGGUGGGUGUCACGGUGGAUCUUCUGGCAAGCACCUUCAGCCGACAAUCACUUCGCCAGUGCAGUACAGGAUGAGCUAGCUGCAAUGCUUUCUAAUGAUCCAGACCAUAAGCAAGCGUUGACUGACGAAGACGUUUUGGUAAUUCGACGGAAUCUCGAAACUAAAGGAGUGAUUGAAGUCCCUUCGGAGACCAUACGGCGUCAGUGGAAUUUGAUGUACAAAAAGCACUUCUUAGAAAAGACAAUACAGAAUAGUCGCGAUAGCCCAUCCUUAUACCAGCAUUAUCGCCAAGGGUUCAAUGAAGGUGACAUUGACUGCCAAACCGUUGUCUUUUUCUAUAGGAUACAAAGGAUGCUGAAGUUGACAUGCAACGCCCUGAGGCAGCAGAUUACGAACACUGAACAGCGCCGGUUAGAAAAGGAAGUGAAGGAUGUGCUAGAUGACUGGUCGCAAGAAGCUGACAAGAAACAGACGUACUUGACUGGUAGACGCGUGGACCUCGCAGAAGAGCUCAAACAAGUCCGACGGAUACAAGAAAAAUUGGAGGAAUUUAUGGUUCAGCUUCAGCGCGAAAAAUUAGCACUGCUGAUUUCGGUUAUGCUAGGUGUAGUGAAAAGGUCUCCAGGCACGAUGUCGAUUAACACCGCAAAUACACCGGAUGGUCGAGGUGUUUUGAUUUAUAAUGGUGAAGUCAUACUUGUUUUUGCUCGAAGUGUUGUAAUGACGAUAGGGAAAAAUGAGAACCAGGCUUUGGAAGGAAAAUUUAACGGCGUGCUCUACUUAACAUCACAUCGGGUUAUCUUCAUGCCUGAUGUGCAGCAAGCAUUUCAUUCUUUUGAAAUGCCCUUUUCUUCUAUGCAAGAUGUACAUUUGGAGCAGCCCAUUUUCGGCGCGAAUUAUCUGCGUGGUAUAGCGGUGGCCAUCCCUGGAUCGCAGUUAUUUGGUGAAGUUCCUUGGCGACUAACAUUUAACAAAGGAGGAUGCAUUGAUUUUGGACGAACUUUACUCGAGGCUGUCGACAGGGCUAGCAGGUAUCGUCCGUCAAACGCUCCUCCACCCUAUGCUCCUCCUCGCGGUGAUUUUUAUGCAGCUCCUCCGGAUUAUUAUGCUCCUUCUAGUGCUGGGCAUAAUGGAUUGCAGCCUCCGACUCAGGCAUUCCCCGAUCGUCCGCAGACGAAUUCCGUGUUCAUGUGCGAAGCACCUCCUCCAUAUCCAGGAAUUGGACCAGAUCGAGAGCCUAUGCCGACCGAACAGCUGCAUCGAGCCGGCACAGCUUCACCUCCUCCAUAUGCAGCUGACACUGAAGGCUUAAGAAGAAGACAUUGAAUGACGACAGUUUAUGUGCUCCAUUCGGUUAUUUACUUCAAAGCAAACAUUCUCUUCAACUUAAUCUUUUUUGUUCCUUCAAAACUCAGUCAUAGUCAUUCCUAAUGUUCCGGUAACAUGACCUGGUGUAACGUCAAGUAAGAAUCCCUCUAAAGCCUCAAAGCUCGAUAGGAAUUUUGAAGAAGUCAGCACUGCUGUAGCAAGUCAUAAAGCUGUGGUCUUUUUUUUUUGAAAAAAAACCGUUUUAUAGCUUCUUGCUUGACGAUAGAUCAAUGAAUAAUAGUGGUGAUACCCAACGGUGAUUAUUUAUGGCAAUAUUCUUUUUACAUAUCUUUCAAUUCUGUGU